AUGCCAAACAUGUCUACCGGAGAUCAGAUUUUUGCCCUGGACACGAUUCUGGCUCACAGUAGAAAGAAAAAGAAAGGCCUGGUGUGUGCCUUCCUGGACAUCAGUAAGGCCUUUGACUCUGUUAGGCAUGCAGAUAUUUACAGGACUAUGAGAGACAGAGGAAUAAGCAGUGAUUCCAUCGGCAUGUUGCAGGCAAUGUACUAUGAGGGAAGAAGUCGCAUAAUUGUGAAUGAGCAUCUAACUGAGCAAAUAGACAUAAAAAAAGGAGUCCGACAAGGUGGAAUCUCCUCUCCACUCUGCUUCAACUUUAUUCCAGAUGUGCUGGCAAGAAAGAUUGAUGAAUCCAAUUUAGGAAUCAGGCUACGAAAGAAUGGGCCAAGGAUAGGCAUCUUACUAUACGCUGAUGACAUUGUCCUAAUUGCUAGAAACAUUGGACACCUGCAGCUACUCUGUGACAUCACCUGUGCAUGAGCUUAUGAGUUCUCACUGUCAAUAAAUAUUGCUAAAUCGAUCUGGAUAGAUUACAGAAAGAAAUUAACCGAUCAAUCCCUACGGCUCGGUGGAUUAAAGCUUGAGAGGGUCGACAAAUUUAAAUGCUUAGGGAAAUUUACUGAAAAGCGCUUGGAGAAGAAGACGGACCAAAAGUUGACAUUAGAAAAAAUGAAAACGGCGUGCAGAGCAGUCCAAGGGAUUAACUCUGGGCUUAAAUCCUUGCCAAUAGUCAGAAGGGCAGUAAUAGCUGAGGCUCACACAGUCUCGACGGCACUAUAUGCUAAAGAGUGUAUGCAAAGUGACUGGGAUCAGAAACUACUGGACUUAUUAGAAAGGGAGAGGAUGAAAAUAGCUAGAACUCUGCUAAACGCUCCGAAAGGGAUCGCUCGUGAAACUUCACUGGAAGAUCUGGGCUGGAUAACGAUUAGAAAUCACUGACGGAAGAGAGUCCUGACCUUUAGAAAAAGGGUGCUCGGAUCUAGAAGCGUAAUUAUGAAGGAAAUUGUUAGGGCGAACAGGGAUGAGGAACUGCCGUGAGAAAGAAACUGCACGUCCCUACUAAAUCAGUUUGAACUAAAUGAAUUUUUAGAUAAAGAGCGCAUCACCUCACUGGAAAAAAGGAAAUGGGAACUCAUGCUGACUAACAAAGUCUCAGCUCUCAAUCUGAAAGAGGUCUUGCACAGACUAAAGACGGAGACAGAAAGAACGACCAGGCUUUGGAGAUGGCUAAAGGAUGGUGCAACGUUCAGCUUCAUCCCUACAUUUAUGAGGUUUAAUCUUGAUAGGCAAUUGGCUGCAGGAGCGAUACACAGGCUAAGAGCGGGCUUCAACUACAGCAAUUACAAUGCAUAUAUCAGGCAUCUUGUACCAUCUGGUAAAUGCGGCACAUGUGAUGUGGAUGAAACAGAAGAACACAUGCUAGAAGUCUGCCCGAGAUUCGGUCCCCUGAGGGCAAGGCUGGAAAAAGAACUUGAGCAGUUGCAAGUUCCACUUAGGCAGUUCAGAUUGAUGGAGAUCACCCUAUAUGGCAAUCGCUUCGAAGAAUUCCUGAAGACUCUAGAAGAAGAAAGGGGUGUAGCCUUGAUUGCUGACAUAGACAGGCAUAUCAAGAUGUUUCAUGAGGGAAUCCUAAAAGCAAAGAUGAAAGAACUGGAGGCAAAAAAGGGAGCUACAGCUACCGGCGCUACUGAAGGCAAAGUUAAUAGGCAGAAAUCUCUAGAUAGUUGGAUUAUAACAAAAAACCCAUAA